AUGAAGUACUCUUUGAUCCUCGCUGCUACCGGCCUUGUCGCCUCUGUCUCCGCUCACGGUGUUGUUACCAAGGUUGUCGGUGCCAACGGCGUUGAGAUGCCCGGUCUGUCGGUCGCUGACGGCACUCCUCGUGACUGCUCCAGCAACGGCUGUGGGUCUCAGGCGGACACUUCCAUCAUUCGUGACAGCGAUAUCAGUAGUGGCAAGACUGGUCCUUUGGGCAAGACCCAGGGUAAUGGUCCCGUUGACGCUGCUACCAUGAUCAACAGCUUCAUGGGAGCUGGAUCUGCUCCUACCAACAACGGCACUGGUACUGGUGUCGAGGAUGACAUUCCUGCUAACGUCGGUGGAAAAGCCACCAAAGCCACCAAGGCCAACAAGGUACGCAGUGCUAAGUUCCGCAGCCGACAGCUCCUUGGUGGUCUUCUCGGCGGCGGUGGUGGUGGUAGCAACGCCAAGGGUGUUAAGUCUACCACUCCCCAGGAGACCAUGGUCAAAGCUACUGCUGGUAUGGGUGCAACCAUGGGUCUACCCACUGCCUCCGAUGACGGUAUGGUUGAGCUUCAGUUCCGCCAGAUCAACCAGGAUGGAGCUGGUCCUCUUGAGGCCAUGGUCGAUGGUACCUCGGGUGGUACCGAUAUGGCAGCCUUCAAGGAGGCCGACGUCAUGCAAAAUGUUCCCGGCUUAGUCGCUGGCAUCUCGACCGCUACCAACACCGAUUUCGCUGUCAAGGUUGCUAUGCCCCAAGGCAUGACCUGCGACGCCACUGUCGGUGAUGCUCAGAACGUCUGCGUUGUCCGUGUCCGCAACAGCACCCCCGCGGGUCCCUUCGGUGGCUCCGCCGCUUUCACUCAGACCACUGCUGCCCGCAAGCGCGCCAUCGCCUACCGCCUCAAGAAGCGUGCUGAGGAGGCUGCUGCCGCUGCUCACUAA